AGAGGGAGAGAGAGUGAGGGAGAGAGAGACAGACAGACAGAGAGAGAGAGAGAGAGAGAGAGAGAGAGAGAGAGAGAGAGGAACAGAAAGGCUAAAGGAGGGGGGGUCAUCAAAUAACCAGUGUUUUGCGGUGAAUUCAGCGGCCCGACAUCCAGGUUUUUGCGGAGAUCCGGCGGAAGCUGAAAGUUCAGAUCCCGCGAGCCAGCGCGUGGGAGUAGGGGGAGCAGCCGGAUCGUGACCGACUGAGGCGAGCUCCACUGUCCGUCUUGUCUGUCUCGUCAUGGCAGGACCUGGAGGUGACAUGCAGUGGUGCUUCUCUCAGGUGAAAGGAGCCAUCGAUGACGACGUAGCUGAGGCGGACAUCAUAUCCACCGUUGAGUUCAACCACACAGGGGAGCUGCUGGCCACAGGAGACAAGGGAGGGCGCGUCGUCAUCUUCCAGCAGGAAAUCGAGAAUAAGAAUCUGCCUCAGUUCCGGAGCGAGUACAACGUUUACAGCACUUUCCAGAGCCACGAGCCCGAGUUUGACUACUUGAAGAGUUUGGAAAUAGAAGAGAAGAUCAACAAGAUCCGCUGGCUCCCUCAGAAGAAUGCUGCCCAGUUCCUGUUAUCCACCAACGAUAAAACAAUUAAGUUAUGGAAAAUCAGUGAACGAGACAAGAGACCAGAGGGUUAUAAUCUCAAAGAGGAGGAUGGACGCUAUAAAGACCCAAACACUAUCACGGCGCUGCGGGUACCGGUAUUAAUACCCAUGGACCUCAUGGUGGAGGCCAGUCCGCGGAGGGUGUUUGCCAACGCCCACACCUACCACAUCAACUCCAUCUCGGUCAACAGUGACAACGAGACGUACCUGUCGGCGGACGACCUCCGCGUCAACCUCUGGAACCUGGAGAUCACCGACCGCAGCUUCAACAUUGUCGACAUUAAGCCGGCCAACAUGGAGGAGCUGACGGAGGUGAUCACAGCCGCUGAGUUCCACCCUCAUCAGUGCAACACCUUUGUCUACAGCAGCAGCAAAGGAACCAUCCGCCUCUGUGACAUGAGGGCGUCGGCACUAUGUGACAAGCACUCCAAACUGUUCGAGGAGCCGGAGGAUCCCAGCAAUCGUUCCUUCUUCUCUGAGAUCAUAUCGUCCAUCUCGGACGUGAAGUUCAGCCACAACGGACGCUACAUGAUGACCAGAGACUACCUGUCCGUGAAGAUCUGGGACCUGAACAUGGAGAACAGGCCGGUGGAAACCUAUCAGGUUCACGAGUACUUGAGGAGCAAGCUGUGCUCGCUCUACGAGAACGACUGCAUCUUUGACAAGUUCGAAUGCUGCUGGAAUGGCAACGACAGUGUGGUGAUGACCGGCUCAUACAACAACUUCUUCCGGAUGUUCGACCGCGGCCAUCGGCGGGACGUGACCCUGGAGGCGUCCCGGGAGAACAGCAAGCCCAUGCAGGUGCUGAAGCCGCGCAAGGUGUGCGCGGGCGGCAAGCGCAAGAAGGACGAGAUCAGCGUGGACAGUUUGGACUUCAACAAGAAGAUCCUGCACACGGCCUGGCACCCCCAGGACAACAUCAUCGCCGUGGCCACGACCAACAACCUCUACAUAUUCCAGGACAAAGUGAACUAACCACAGGGGCUGAGCUCGGCGGUUGCGAUCCGGCGGGCGGGUGACGUCACGUUCGUUGUACCACCCCGCAAAGCCUCGCGGUCCUCGUCCUCCAGAGGGACCUGUGUGGGUGUAACGCCGGUGACCUGCACCCCUGUCCGUCGCCACUGGGUCGACCAGACUGCCACUUUGUUCUAGAUGUGGACAGAGGAAGCCUCUCGCUCUCGCCCAUCAUCCGCCUCUUUGCGGGCAGACCUGCCUUGUUGUUUAAGUGAUGUUGUGCCAAUUUUUUUUAAUUUUUUUUUUUUUGCCAGCCUACCCGCCCCCUUUCUUCUUCCCCCGGUGGGUUUCAUGGGUAAACCAGUUUAAUUUACUUAAAGUUCUGAACACAGACACACUUAUUUUUAUAACUUUCUUCCCCCUCCCCCCCAAAUGGUUCUGUGAUAGAAAGUCAGAAACACUUAUUUAGUAUGUUCCCCCUUUAUUGUCCUGUGCCAUUGUAAGUGUUUAUUUUUCUAAAGAGAAAUUUUGCCAGUCUUUUCUUUCUUUAUUUUUUUGUGUCAAUACACCUUUUUAUUCUUUCAUCUGUUAUACUGUCAUAGUAUUUUUUCUUUCUUUCAGUCUCUUCUCAACAGUCACAAAAACGCUUGCUCACACUUUUCUUCCCACACUGGACACAGCAGCGUCACCUCAGCAGUUUUCUUCCUCCAGGAGUUUUGAGAGAAGACCAGUGUGUUCUCGCAGAUUCGAAGCCCCCUGGUGCAGCGAGGCGUCAUCCCACUCACGGUCACUGUGCUUCAGGCUCUGGCUGGCCAGAGACAGGUCUAGUCUCUGGUAGAGAGGAGGGUCUUCCUUUUUUUUUUUUUUUCUUUUUGAUUGACUCUGUGUCUUGACAUCUUUGUGCAUCGGUUCCUCUUCCUCCUUUUUUUGUUUUGUCUUCAACAGUAGUCGGGUAUAAGAGAUUAAAAAAACAAAAAACUAUUCAAAGAUAAAUAUUAUGACUGUCAUAUUUAUAUUUAAAAAAAGGAAGUCAAAACUGUCACUAGAUUUGUUCCGUCCUAUUUUGUGAAAUGAAGCCGGACCUCACGUCUAUUUUUUUUUUUUUUGUAUUUCUUUUUUAUUUUAUUUUUUUUGAGUGAUCUUAAAAAAAAAGUCUUGUCCUUCCACGACGUACACCACAGCUCUGAAACUAUUCUUCACCACAGGGACAGAAAACCUUUUUUGAUUUUUGACACUGGACUUUAAUCACUGCACCAACUAAAGUACUUGUCUCGUGUUGUCAGACUUGCAGUCUAAAGGAAAAAAAAACAUUAUUUUGAGGCAUUGCGUCACUUAAAAAGUGUUUAAAAACUACUGCAGGCAUUAUUUACUGCUACUGUACUGUAUUGUGAUGGUACAAUAAGUUGCACAAAGGAUUUCGCAGCAGUUGAUGUCUCCACACCGGUAUUUAAAAAAAGAAAAGGAAAAAAAAGAAAGUGGAACCGUUCAGACUAUAUCGAUGCCUCUGGUAAUGUAUAACUAUGAUUUUAAUCAAUGACGGUUGAAGAUAAUAAACUACUUUUUGCAUUCUUG